UGUCUCUGUAUACUGAAAGAAAUCUGGAAUAUGACCUUUGCGUCAAUACCUUAGCGGGGUUUUCUCUUGUUGCUCUCUCUGAUUGGUUAAGACUGAGAACACCUACGAGCACGUGAGUCACGUGAACCAAAGUCCAUCUCAAGUUUCAAACCAAAUCUUAGAUUUUCAACUCGAAAUUAUUUUUCAUUCCUUUUUAUCUUAUAAACUGGUGAAAUUCUUAUGCCUCAUGUUGUUUUUGGAGUAUCUUUGGGAUGGAGUUUUAAUUUUUUUUUGAGUGCGUGCAUUGACACAAUGUCCGGAAGUGAAGUGGACUGUGAUAUUGAACGACCUKGACCUUGAAUGAACUUCAAAUAUUCGAUGACAGGAAUAUCAAUGCAGCACUCUAAGAAACAAGAUGGCGGACGGAGAGACAUGUUUUGACUCAACUAAAACGUCCUCAAUUUUAUAACUAUUACUCGCUCUUUUGAUAUGAAUUAUUGAUAUUUAAUCAGAGUAUUCAUGAGUUUACGUGGUGUGUGGAUAUUUUUAAAUUCUGGGCCUGUAAAGGUGCAAGAAAAAGUCAUCUUUUCCCGGUAUUUCACUACAGUGGAGAAAAGGUCCAGUCUGAUCCAGAAAAAGAAUGUAAAAAUUCCUCCUGCAUCAGUUAUAUGUGAAAGUCUCAUUCAGGAGUUUGGGCAAAGAGGACAUGUGUCCAUUAAUACUGAGGAAGAGUUUAAUUCUCAGAAUGACUCAUGUAGCAAGACUCAGUAUAGACCAGUGUAUGAAGUCCCUCUGAAAGAUGGUAGUACUCUUUGGCCUGUGGUUGCUAUUGAGAAGUUUGGCUUGAUCUUUGCCUGCCUUCCCUUAGUUGAAAGAGACUUAUCCCAAGAAAAGAUUCCAUUGAUUGAGAUGCCUGGUGUUACCAUUGGUUACAAAUUGCUGCAUUCACUAGUGGAAUUUGUUGGGCAAUGGACUUCUAGAGAAGAGCUUUCUUCCAAGAUUAAAGAUCUGCAGACAUUCUUGUGUGUUGCUGUUCCAUUUGGAACACCAGUUGAUACUAACCCAGUAACAGUCCAGGCUUUGAUUACUGGUAAAGACAUAGCUAUAUCACAAAGGCAAAAGCAACCAUCCUGGAAACCUGUUAGUCAUAAAGGGAAACAACAGAUUCUAUUUUCGAUAAAAGAAGAAAUCAAAGCAUCUCAGCAUCAUGCUGAUAGUAGCAAUGAUGUAUAUCAGUUAUUUGGUACCAUAGUUUGUAAGGCAGAUUUAGAUGGCAUCCCAGAAAUAACAGUCAGCAUUCUCUCUCCUGCCGUGGAUUACCUUCUUGUACACCCCAGUGUUCAUGAGGGGGAUACAUCUGUACAAGAGUCAGUCCUUGAAACAAGUCAAGGUGCUAUACUUCCUCGUGCUACAGAACGGCGCAUCAGGUUCAGACCCCCAGCUGAACCUUUCCCUUUGUGUCACUACUCUGGUCAGGCAAAGAAUGGUUUACCUAUUGAAGGCAUUUAUCAGAUGAGGGGUGAUGAAAGAGCUGUUCAAAUCUCUCUUCAACUGAAACUCAAUGGAAAAAUCAAGAAUUCUUUUGAAUAUUUUGAAGUCCACUUACCUUUCUUCAACAGGGGUUAUAUAAUGAAAUUUGAGUCAGGAGGACCAUCGUAUGGGAGUCUGGUCGUCGGCUCUAGUAAAAGAAGAUUGUUAUGGAGUAUAGGACAAAAGUUCCCAAAGUCAUUAGAGGUUGUUCUGGCAGGUACUGUGUUCUUUGGAGAUCCUGGAGCCACCAAGAACCAGCAAUCAGCAGUGUUCAUAGAGGAUCCAUUCUGUCAAGGAUUCAAUAGCUAUGUACAGAUAUUUUUCAAGUUGUCAGACUUCACACUCACUGGUUGUUCUAUAGACCCAAGAUCUCUGAGUAUUUAUCCUAACUCUAAGUUAUCCAAAGUAAAUACAAGUAUUGAAUUCAUCACAUCUGACUACAAGAUAUGGAACACAUUUGGUGAUGCCAUGAUAGCUAACUGUCCACCAACAGUGGAAGUCAGUGACGUCAAACAGUAGUGACAUGAUUAGAAGGUAGGGAGAGCACACCACUUUAGAUACUGAAUGUCAAUAUCACAGUCUUUUUUGAUUAAGGUAUCUUUCAAAAAGGGUGCAUGGUAGGUAGUUUAGUUGUUGAAAUUUCAGUUAGUUGAAUAUUCAGUAGUAUAUAAAAUUAUAAAAUUUAAAAAUCUUAUACAGUAGUAGAAAAACAGCAUGACAUGCAAAAUAUGACCAGUGAUUAUGCACACAGGCUUUUGUGCAUUAAACUAACAGAUUUCAAAGAAUAUGAAGCUGACAGCUUUUAGUCAGGCAAGAAUAAGGCAUGUAAAGGCUUGUUUGGCAGCGAAAAGACUGUGCAUAGAAUUAUGUGAAUACAUUAAAUGUGGUCAUACUUUUGCACAUUGUGCUGUAAAAAUAUGUAUAAUAAAAAUGAAAAAAACAAAAACAAAAAACAACACGAAAGUACGAAAGAUAUCAAAACUUUAUUACUUGAUCAUAUUCUUGAAAUUUGGAACAUAGCAGAAUUACUUUUUGAAUUACAAACUCCCCUGUAUACAGCUGUACAUGCAAAAUUUGUAAACAAAUAAUUUCCAUUAACUGGUAACAGUAGUUAGAAUGCAACAAGCUUGAACUUCUUGUGUCUUUUUUUAAAUUCUGUUAUCAAUAAUUAAGUGACACUGUCUAGCACUUUUAGCAAAACCCUCUCUUUGUAAAAAAUCUGCCAUAUCUAAAGUAUGGUAUUUCUAAAUAUUUGGCAUAAAUGAAAAGACACAGGAAAAGAGAACCUUAAAAUUUGUUAAACACUCUCUAGACAUCAGAUGACCCCUGUAUAUAAAAUUUACUUUAAAGGUCCAUCGUCAUAAUAAAGCAUUCUGAAUCAAACUUAAAGGAAUCCCAAAAACUGUAUGAUGUUAACAAGCUGUAGACCAUUCUUUAGGAAGUGUCUGUCUGUCCAGGGCCCUGAGGACACAACAAUCUUACUCUUCCAGAUGGCCUAUAAUAUGUCUAACAUGCGAGUCUUUUCACUUUAUACAUUCUGGUCUUCCCAAUAGCAUUUACUUUACUCUUAUACUAGGUUGAGCUCAUUUCAAGCUCAUGUUUCUAAGAUAAACAACUGGCUACCUUAAUAUUAUUAAAUAUUAUUAAAAAUAUUGAACAAAUAUUAAACGAACAUGCUGAUAAAAGUCUGAGGUAUAUAAAAAAGUAUUGUUAUUAUAUUAGAUAUAAAAAUAAAUUGAUAAUUCAUUUUAUCUCAGUCUAUUUUCUAUAAUUUGUCAUGUGUGUUUUUCUCAUAUAUAUUAAUAAUAUAUAAUAAUUAUGUAUAUAGUAACUUUUUAUGCAUUCAAGUUUGAAAUAGAAUCUUUAAUCUCAUUCCCUUCUUUCUGUCUUAAAUUUCUUUCCUUUCUUCCUUUCUUUCUUUCUUCCUUUUUUUCUACCAGUGAUUUCAUUGUUAUUAGUUAGUGGGGGCUGCUGUAUACAGU